CUGAGAUAUAUACUUGAUAACAACUGAAGCCAGUUCCGAGGAUGUAUCCCAGACAACAUGGUGGUCCAUUGACAGUAUCAUCACGUCCACCAUCCCCACCUCCAUUGUCCGGUCGCUUCGCAACACGAACAAUUGGGUCACUAGGGAUAGAGACGAGCGUGCAAGAUAAAAAAUACGCGAAAUAUGCCAAAUUUGUUGAUGUGUUACCAGUAAUGCACCAGUGUUGGGCCUGGACAUGUUUCAUCCUAAACACAAUCGUACCCGGCAUAGGAUCAAUAUUGGCAGCUUUUAUCGUGCUAACAUGCUGUGCAAAACACGACGGCAUUGGCGAUAGAUGUCGUGUUAGUUGUAUACAGUUCUGGUCUGCUAUUGGUAUGCUUGUUACAUCCCCACUCAUUAUUGGAUUUAUAUGGUCUGCUUGGUGGGGCUGGAUGUAUAUACCUAUUUCAUUAUUGAAGUAUCAUGGAACAUUGAAAGAUGAACCCGUUGAAGGAGACACACGCGUAACUGUAGUUGUGACGGAGGUGAUAUAGUGAUGAACCCGGCCAUUUUAAUUAUUCUUUUUUACGGGAUCACUACUUCAUGCUGUUAUCAAGCUAGAGAUCCCAAAUUCACGUAGUUAUGUAUAUGUCUAUAAUAAUAUUCCUCCUCUUGGCCAGC